ACAGCUAUCUGUGAUCAGAGAUGGCGGGCGCCUCCGACCCCCUGGAAGAUAUGCUGUUUUCAGAGGUGGAUGAGAAAGCUGUGAGCGACCUGGUGGGCUCUUUGGAGUCCCAGCUCUCCGGACAAAGCAACCCCGGAGGGAAAGCAGAGGAAAACGGAGGCUCCGUGGCCCCCGCGAACCAUCACUUAGGGAAAACGCUACCAGCACAGGCACAACAACAACAAGGACGGCGGUAUAAUAAACCCGAGAUGCACCAGGACGCAAACUGCAACGAUACAACUGUAACAUCUUCCCCUGCAGGAUGCACGGCUUCCUUCACCGAUCUUACCGCCACUUCUGCAGCCUGUGGCGGGUCGCAGUCACACGGAGCAUCCAUCACAACACUGACCGCUUCUGGUGUGUCAACUUUGGCAUCGACGCCGGGCAGCAUCAGCACCGCCUCCAGUAAGGUGAGCCCGGGGAAACGCGUGAACACACCGAGGAGAAACGCUUCUGCUCGGAUCAAGAGUUUGAACGGCGCCGCUGUAGGGACCAGGAGGAACAGCAACACGGGGGAAAACCUGAGCCCUCCUGUGGAUGCAACUACUCCAAACUCUGCUCCUCUGGCGGUGACGUCCUCUAUUAAUGCUUCUACUUUCACCCUGUCUCAUGCAAACAUCCCUGCAGGACAGUCAGCUAUUGCUCUGGACCGGGGGACUCCCACCAUCGCUCUGCAGAGACUCCCGAGUCACAUUGUGGCGAGCAUAGCCCAAAAUGGGACCAGUGUUUCGGCCUUGGUGCAGCAGGGUGCCCCAGUAGGAUCCACAGAAUCAGCAGAAGCAGCUCCACUGGGGAACCACAGCAAAACACUCACAGACACUUCCAAAGCAGACGAUUGUCAGUCCAAAAUUGUAAUGUCAGGUCAACCUGUUGGUGGUGUUGUUAACUCUGUAAUAAACUCCUCUGUUGUCACACCACCACCACCAACUACAAUUACUAUAACUACAGCAGCAGCUACAACCGCAGCAACAACAACAGUAUCCCAGCCUCAGAUCUCUGCUACAUCCACAGCAGGGUCUCCAUGUGUGAGUGCUCAGACUCCACCAGUGACCUCCACUGUGAGCAUGAUCAGACCCACAACGCCCUCCCCAACCCAGUCUACACCCCCCCGUCCUGGACUCGCAGCCCCUCAGAGGAUCGUGGCCCCCCAGCUGAUUGUGAGACCCCCUCAGCAGCAGACCACCAUCCAGCUGCCCCCCGGGUUCACCAUCCCUCAGGGGAUGGUGCUGGUGCGCACGGAGCUGGGUCAGCUGGUGAUGGUUCCUCAGCAGGCGUUGGCCCAGGCUCAGGCUCAGGCUCAAGCUCAGGCCCAGAACAACAUCUCUCCACGGCCCCCCACCCCCACAGCAGGAGCCCCCACCUUCAGAGUGACCACCCCCCAGGUGAGACUGCAGGACACACACACCUGCAACAUAUACACUUGUAUUAGCACAACCCCAAUGCUCCACCAUUACAGCAAGACAACAAGAACUGAGGGGGAAAAGUUUAAGAUCAUUUAA